ACUUUGUCGGCGUGUUUUAUAAAACAAGUAAACAAUCUCACCCAAAAUUGAUAAAAAAUCUUCUAUGAAAAACUAAUUUUAGUACAAAUGCGUGACUUGCAUAAAACCCUAAAAUUGUUUGAGGAAGAAUUCGCGAUGGACUAUUGCGAGGAAUUUGACGAAAUCAAGUCGGUGUUGUUGUAUUGCAAUAAACAUGUGAAGCCGUUCAGUAAAGUGCAGUUUCGUGGCGGUAAUGACAUUUUUAUCAAUGAGCUUGUGCGACGGCUGCAGCAAGUAUUGGUCGAUCGCGAUUUAAUUGAUCCCGAGGUUAAAAAACCUUUACCUAAAGCCCAUCAAAAAUUGCGUAAAGUAGUUAUGUUCUUAUUUGCUAACACUGAUGCUACUUACAAAUACAAUUUGCGCGAGGAUCCAACUUUUGCACACGUAUUAGAACAAUGUCCUCUGUUACCUAAAUUCUUAUUAGUAACACUUAUUUGGGAGUUGCAGUUAGACCAAUUUUUCUAUGAAGCACUGUCGUAUACCCCUUGCUGGUUUGCUUUCCAGUAUUUCGAAACUGCAGCCGAUACAAUGAAAUACAUCGGAGAUCCUUAUGAAGUAUUGGAAAAAGUAGAGCAACUUAUGCGUGCGCUGUUUCUAAGCAUAGCGCUAUCAGAAUCUCGCAAGAUUGAUAUGGUGGACAAAAAAAUUAUCUAUGGCAAAUUAUACGACUAUAGCAUGAAUUUGCUGCGUCAAUUCUACACGCCUGAUUGUGAAAAAUUUAAACAGUUCACCAAGUUGCAAUUCUUUCGUUACUCGGGUUUCGCUUUGAAGCAUUUACUUCAAAUGACAUUAUUUGCCUUUGAUUUGCUUGAGUUGCCGGAAACGGCAAACCCGAAAAUUGAUAUAGAAAUUUAUCAAAUUUGCCAGGAAAUAUGCCCACGUGCGCCUGAUUCAGAAAUAACAAAGCCAUCAACUGUACUUAAGGAACAACAAUUGAAGAUCAUAAAAGCGCUACUUAAUUCGGUACAAUAUAAUGUUAUGUUGGUCAAAAUUGAUGUUUUCAUGUAUUGGGUAGAAGUAGACGUCACGCCUACCUUGACAUUACAGUUGGCAAUUGGUGAAAUGAUAUAUAAAGUUGGUGAGCGAAUGCGUUGCAAUCCAGAACUUGGACAUGAUGUAGAAGCGCAGUUAAAGUUUCUCGCUAUCAAGCCGAAGACCCUUGAAGAGACCAUCGAAAGUGCAACAUUAGGGGAAAUCUUACGAAACUUAGACCAAAUUAUGCCACAACAUAUUAAGAAGGCUUGGUUUGAUGAGCUCUUUAACCGUUCUAUGGCUCUGGGCAAUGACGAAUGUCUGGAUGCCAUCAAAGAAAAUAUAAAGCUAAUCUCCCCAAAUAAUUGCCAACAAGCCAUCGAUUUUAUCAAGCUAUCACAGUUGUCGCAAGCGGACAUAGCUGAUAAUGAUGGCGAUGGUGAGGGCGAGAAUUCCGAAAAUAUGCAGGUUGAUACUUCUGAAUUCGAAGCAUUAACCUCAUUGAUGCUUCUGGGCUUACAAAACUUCAAAUCUGAGGAUAUACUGCAAUUGUUGGCAUACCAAACGAAAGCAUUCGGCAAAUCAACAAGUGUUUGUUGUCAAGAUGACUACCAACGGCGUGCUACUGAAUUUCUCAACAAAUAUGCGGCAUCUUUCGAUUUACAGCAGUUCCUUGUCCUCUGCUUUGAGAACCCUGCACAAAUGUGGGCGAAAUUCUUUGAUUCUGCCUGCCAUAACUCUGAGCAUGUACGAAACUUCUGUACGACCAUAAAGCAAUCGCGACCCUUUUCGAAUAUUUACUUUGAUGAAUUGCUGGAAAGUGCCAUGCAUGAUCACGAAAAACUAACACAGAAAAAUUUUCCUGAGUUGCUGUGCGAAAUAUAUUAUACAUUGUAUCAUCCUUCUCGCAAGACUGAAUUCUUGAAGCAAUUCAUGAACAAAAAUGUGAAUGAUUUGUUAGAUACACAACGCUUUGGGCAUUUGUUACCCAUUGUCAAGGCUUUGAAUCUCAUAGCGAUGCACGAUGAGACUCAACCGAAUAAGCAGUUAGCAUUUGGUGAAGUGACGGCGCCAGUUCUUUUAAUGGCGGCACAAAUUAUGGACAAGACACGCUGGGAUCUUAUCACAUAUACAGAUGCAAGAGACGAGGUGGUACGAGAGUGCAUACAAUUUAUACAAUAUACUUCCAAACGAUUUCUGCCGGUCGCAACAGAAAAAGAUCGGAAGUGGAUAACCAAAGUCAUCAAAGAUUCAUAUCGCCCAAUUACGCAGUAUUAUUUCCAAAAAUUUUCACAAACCCCAGACCAACUACCCGUAGAUUUUGAUCGAUUUCUCAUACGCUUGGAAAUUGAAGACAAGUCUGAAGCUGAAAUGUUUCUUAUUAUUAAUUAUGUGCGUUGUACAAUGAAAGAGACUGAAUGGCUGGCCCGUAGUGAACGUCUUAUGCCCCAUAUUUCAGAUGUAAUGAUAAUUUUAAGUGGAGUGGUUGUGGAAACAGAUAAUCCCAAUGCAGUUAAUAACUAUCGUCACUGCUUAUCAAAUUAUGCUAAUAUUGUUUUGAAAUUUGUGCUACCACCGUUGAAAGAUGAUACAAAAAAAAUUGAGAAACUGAUGCUUAAAGUGCUAAAGAUAAUUGAAUCUGCUCCACCGCAACUCUAUGAAGAGAUUUUUAUAAGCUUUAGCUCAUUACUACUUGAUAUCAUGCGUUGUUCUGCGCGUCCCUUAAAUGAUGAUGAUUCGAUUGUAAAAUCAGUUCGAAAAUUCGUUGGAAAUAUGAAGGACUGCCAAGGAAAAGAUAUUUUCUUGGAAAAAUUUCAAGCACUGGUAACUGAAUUCCUGAGUUAAUUUAAAGAGGUAAAUUAUUAUUUACUAAAGCAAACACUUUUGGUUCUCGUUAUACGAUCCUUUUUUCCUUUUUUACCUGAAUUUGAUUCUGACCUAGAAACGUAAUAAAAAUUGAAUUAAUAAAAUUUC